AUGACUACCUACAAUAAUAAUAAUAAUAAUAAUAAUAAUAAUAAUGCGUACGACGUUGAUGAUGCCAAUAACGAGGCCGAAUUUGGACGUAAUACGUAUGUUCAAGAAACUCCACAUGGUACAUACGCUACCAACAACAAUGCUGAACAACAACAAAAUCAAGAAAAAAAAUGUUUUAAAGAAAAGUGUUUAAAUGUAUUUAAGGAAUAUAUACCAUUAACACUUUUACGUUUUUUCCAGUUUGCCUCUAGCGUUAUUACUUUAGGUUUGACAUGUUACACCAUUCAUGCCUAUGGAAGACAUGAUAGCAAGACUAAUUUUGGUAUUGCUACUAGCGCCAUUUCCUGUUUUUAUUUAAUUGCUUUAAUUUUAAUUCUAAUGUUUGCUAGAAAAUGGGUCAUGCCGGGUGUUUUCUUUUUAUGUGAAAUAAUUGUAACCAUUUUAUGGCUUUGUGCCUUUGUUGUUUUGGCUAAGCAGCAUGGUAGGUACAGUUGUAGUUCUACCUACAAUAGUAGUAAUAAUUUGUAUUAUAAUUCAUACUUGGGCCAGUACGUUAAUUCAACCUAUUCCAGGCCAUGCAAAUCUUCUAAAGCGUCUAUCGCCUUUGCAGGGUUAUCAUUUGUUUUAUUUUGUGUGAGCUCAUUUUUGUUCUGGUAUAAUAUCAUCAGACCUAUCAUGAACAACUUUAAAGGUUACAAAGAUGUCUGGAAGAAUUCUGGUGAAAUAGGUGUUUCUAUGCACAGAUUAAGCGGUUUGACCCUCGUUAACAGAGAAUAUUAUAAAACACAACCUGAUUUCGGAGCCAAUGAUAAGAACAAUAAUGACAACGAAGGUGAUUUAGAAAAUGGUAAUUACAACAUCCAAGAUAAUACUACUAACGUUAAUAGACAACAAAACACUGGUAGGGCCUAUGGCAACCAUUCUCGUCAACUGAGCGGCGCUUCAUCUUCUAUAAAUGAUGUUAUUCUGGAAAAGGAAAAUCAAUAUUCUGAGGGCAAUUACGCGGCUAAUAACCCUAAUUCAGUUGAGGUUGACAAAAAUGUUGCAGUUCCCGCAUCUCACCAACCAGAUAUUCCAAACACGGCUACUACCACCACUACUACUACUAAUGUUCAGCAGCAAGAUACCCGUAACAUUAAUUUACCACCCAACCCUUGA